AAGAACGGAGAAUCAAUAAUUUAUUAACGCCUUUCAGUGCAGAACUGCACUUCUGGACUUUGGUUCGGUUGUUCAGAGCUCGGGCGGAGAAGGCGAGAAAAAAGUUUGCUUCUGCAUUCUUCAGAGCUCUGAAUCUCCACCAUUUUCCUUUCCUUCUCAAAGGGAGAAACCGUCUUGGCAAUGGAUUCCGUGUUCGUUAGAGCCUACCGAAGUCAUGUUGUAGGUGGGAUUGGAAGCGGCUGGACAAAUCGUGACGUCAACAAUGUUUGGCUUCCAAGUCCAAGGCCUGGAGCACUGAAGAUUUCUAAGAGGCCCAGUUGGGUGGAGUCUGAAUCUAAAUCACAUCAUGUUGAAUGUGUCUUUAGAAGACAUCGGGAAGGAUACACCUUCUGUCAGAAGAAAGACAACCGAAUUCAAAUUAGAAAUGCAGCCUCUAAUCAGCCUUUUGAAUCCGAAUCGGAAGUUUUACAUUCCAAAAAUUAUGGUGACUCUGUAAAGAGUUUCUUGGAUGCUUUCUAUAGGUUUUCACGGCCGCACACAGUUAUUGGUACAGCAUUGAGCAUUGUAUCAGUUUCUCUACUAGCUGUUGAGAAACUAUCAGACUUGUCACCAUUAUUUUUAACUGGNUUUUUGGAGGCUAUAGUUGCUGCCCUCUUCAUGAAUAUUUAUAUUGUAGGUCUGAACCAAUUAUUUGACAUCGAAAUAGACAAGAUUAACAAGCCAUAUCUUCCAUUAGCAUCGGGAGAAUAUUCUUUUGGAACUGGCGUUGCAAUUGUCUUCACGUUUUCUAUCCUGAGUUUUUGGCUAGGAUGGGUUGUUCGUUCAUGGCCAUUGUUUUGGGCACUUUUGAUCAGCUUUAUUCUUGGGACUGCUUAUUCCAUUGAUCUGCCACUGUUGAGAUGGAAGAGAUUUGCUGUGGUAGCCGCUAUGUGCAUUCUAGCUGUUCGAGCCGUGAUUGUUCAACUUGCUUUUUUCCUACACAUGCAGACUCACGUGUUCCAAAGACCUCCUGUCUUUUCACGUUCCCUGAUCUUUGCAACUGCAUUUAUGAGUUUCUUCUCGGUUGUUAUAGCAUUAUUUAAGGAUAUACCAGAUAUUGAUGGAGAUAAGAUAUUUGGCAUCCGUUCUUUUACAGUACGUCUAGGGCAAGAGCGGGUGUUUUGGAGUUGUAUUUCCUUACUUGAAGUAGCAUAUAGUGCUGCCGUUUUAGUGGGAGUUGCAUCUUCCUCCCCAUGGAGUAAAUGGCUAACGGUUGUUGGACACAUCACUUUGGCUUCCGUUCUUUGGAUUCGUGCCAAAUCAGUUGAUCUGAAGAGCAAAGCUGCCAUAACAUCCUUUUACAUGUUUAUAUGGAAGCUUUUUUAUGCUGAGUAUUUGCUGAUACCGUUUGUUCGGUGAGGGUCUGAGCAAGAAUGUGAUUAGGUGGAGUGUGUAUUGUACAAACUCCUUGAUAGAAAUGGAGUAAUACGUUUCUGUUAAAUUCCAAGUCACAAAAGCAAUCCAUUAGCAAUCUCCAAUUUGAAUAAUUAGAUGAUUAUCUUCGUAACAUUUAGCUUUGGGACUGACAUUGCAAAAGAGGUUAAUAUGGAGAAUAUGUUUUCUGUUGAACACUUAA